AUGUUACAAGCCUUCGUGUUCGCACCAGCAUCUCUGGUCUUCCUCUGUUUUAGUCUCCUCACCUCUGGUGGGCGAGCUUGGGGGGGAUACUCAAAUCCCAGAGGGCAAUCUCCACAGACAAGUUUUCUGAACAACUUCGAAGUCGCAGGGAACAGCUAUGCAAGCGCCCAGCAGGUAUUCUUGGGGACGCUGGAUAAGGUUUAUAUUGUCGACAAAACAGAAAAUAAUUCAUGGCAGAUCAAUGGCCAUCCUGCUUGGGCCAGCGAAUGGUCGAUAAGUUCGAGGCAGACGAGGGUAAUGGAUGUCAUUACUAACAGCUUUUGCGCCGGAGGAACGGUGCUCGGAAAUGGAACAUGGCUCAAUGUGGGUGGUAACCAAGCGGUGACCUAUGGAGGGGUUGCUGCUCUAAGUCAGACAGGAGGACCUCCGUAUGAUGACCCCGACGGGAGACAGUCUGCACUGAACCUCGUUAGGUUGCUGAAUCCCUGUGAUAACGGUAACUGUGACUGGGUCCUGGACCAACCUAUGACAACGGCUCGAUGGUAUCCAUCACUCGAGACCUUGGAAGAUGGAAGUGCGAUCAUUAUAGGUGGCUGCCGAUGGGGAGGAUACGUCAACGACGCAUUGCAAGAUAAUCCUACCUACGAGUUCUUCCCAAGCCGUGGUCAACCCGUUGUCUCGUCGAUCCUCCAGAACACGCUCCCUGCCAACUUGUAUCCAUUGACAUGGUUGCUUCCGUCAGGAAAGUUGUUCAUACAGUCCAACUGGAAUACCGUCCUACUCGAUUACAAUCAAAAUGCGGAGACUCCUCUGGCCGACGUGCCCGACGCGGUGCGCGUGUACCCUGCAAGUGGUGGAUCCGUAUUGCUGCCCAUGACACCUGCGAACAAUUAUACGGCUACUAUCAUGUUCUGUGGUGGGAGUAACAUCUUGCCGGCUCAGUGGACUGAAGACUGGGAUAUACCCCAUUACCCCGCGUCAACUUCGUGCGUCCAGAUUUCGCCAGAAGUCUCUUCUAGCUACGAGGAGGUAGAUCCUCUACCGGAGGGUAGGACAAUGGGCAAUCUGAUUUUGCUGCCAGAUGGUAGGAUCCUGUGCCUCAACGGUGCAAAAUUAGGCACUGCUGGCUAUGGAGUUACGGCGUACACUGUUGGACAGUCAUAUGCAGACCAACCUAUAUUAAGUCCUGUCAUUUACGAUCCGAGUGCUCCAGCUGGCAGCCGCUGGAGCCGGGUCGGUCUCAAUUCCAGCAACAUAUAUCGCAUGUACCAUUCCUCCGCGACAUUGUUACCAGAUGGAUCUGUAUUCGUUGCUGGAUCCAAUCCGAACCCUGAUGUCAAUACUUCCGCACCCUAUCCUACUGAGUAUCGUAUCGAGAUCUUUUAUCCUUCUUACUACAAUCAACGGCGACCGGAACCCCAAGGGCUCCCUAAUCGCGUGGCAUACGGAGGGCCAUUUUUCAACCUUUCGUUGACCGUCGCAGAUUUAUUUGGGAAUGCCCACAAUAUCCAGAGUGCGAAGGUCGUAGUCUUGCGCACUGGGUUUUCCACCCAUACAAUGAAUAUGGGUAUGCGAUCUGUGGAACUUGACUAUUCGUACCUGGGUAAUUCUAAUGGGUCGGGAGUACUGUACGUUAGCCAGCUGCCACCAAAUCCUGCCAUCAUGCCGCCAGGGCCUGCACUUUUAUUUGUUGUUAUCAACGGUGUUCCAUCUGUCGGCGUGCAAGUGAUGGUGGGUUCCGGGAGCAUCGGGCAACAGCCUACUAGCCCCAAUGAGCCGUUGCCCCAGUCUUCUGUUAUCCCACAGCAGCAGUCCGAGGGCCCCCUCAACAAAAGCCCCGGCGCAAGUGUCGUUCUGGGCCAAACCAAUGGGAAUUUGACGCACUGGUUGAAGAUAGCAGGUGCAUUGAUGGUCGUUCUUAUGGUACCUUCACUUCAUUAG